GAGGUGAGGAAGGCCAUGCCUGUGGACAACCAGCAAGCCCUGGUGCGCAGGGAGUCCCUGGUCAACCUGGAGAACUUCAAGAAGCAGUAUGUCCGCAGGCGGUGGAAGCUCUCCUUCAGCAUCGUCUCCUUGUGUAACCACCUCACCCGCUCCCUGAUGAAGAAGGUGCAGCUCAGGCAGAAUGAGGACCUGAGGAAUUGUGAGAGUGACACAGAGGAGGACAUCGCCAAAAGGAAAGCCCUCCACCCCCGGAGGAGGAGCAGUACCUCCUAACUGGCCAGGCUCAAGGUGGCCACCACGGAGGCCUGGGCCCCGCAGGGCUCCUUUCUAUGCAGACUCUUGGACCCCGCUUGUCGCCAGCACCCAGGCAUUCUGCAUCCCUGAGCACUUUGCAAGAGAGAUGGGCAUGCAGGAUUCAGAAGCAUUUGCAGGGGAGCCAGGAGACCCUGGGAGCUGUGGCUGUCACCUCCUGGGAAUGCAGGAGACUCCAGCAUUCCCAAAGCUCUUAAUUCUCCACAAAAUGGGCUUUCACCUGCUGCCAACCUCAGAACCUGGGAUGGGGAUGUGGACCUAAGAAAAUUAUGCAAAUGACCAUCAUCAUCAUGGGUGAAGGUCAGAUUCAGGCAGCGUUCCUCACAGGAUGAGGGAGUUCAGAACCAGCCUGGUCAAAACUGACACCAGGAAGACAGAGGCCUCCCCCAUGGGAACAAGAUAAGAAGUGAAAUGAAUCUUGGGGUGUGAGGGACCAAUCCUGUGACCUCCCAGAACCCACGUGGAGUCCACGUGUCAUGCUGGCCAACAUAUCAGACCUUCUAAAGCAGCCCAUUUUCAGCCCACUGUGUUGUAAUUUUUUUCACUUUUAUUAAACUUCUGGUUUACCUGA